AUGCAAAGUGGAAACCUAACCUCGGUGUCUUACUUCUACCUGGUGGGCCUGCACCACCCACCGGAGCUGGGCGUGCCACUCUUCCUCAUCUUCCUUGUCAUCUUCCUCCUCACCGUCUCCGGCAAUGGCAUCAUCAUCCUCACUGUCCUGGUGGACGUCCGACUCCAUCGUCCCAUGUAUUGGUUCCUCUGUCACCUCUCCUUUCUGGACAUGACCAUUUCCUGUGCAAUUGUCCCCAAGAUGCUGGCUGGGUUUCUCCUGGACAGCAGGGUCAUCUCCUUUGGGGGCUGUGUGAUCCAACUUUUCUCCUUUCACUUCCUGGGCUGCACGGAGUGUUUCCUAUACACGCUCAUGGCUUAUGACCGUUUCCUGGCCAUUUGUAAGCCUCUGCACUAUGCCACCAUUAUGACGCGGAGCGUCUGUAACUACCUGGCCUUUGGCACCUGGAUGGGAGGCACCAUCCAUUCGCUUUUCCAAACGAGCUUCAUAUUCCGACUGCCUUUUUGUGGGCCCAAUCGGGUCGACUAUUUCUUCUGUGAUAUUCCGGCCAUGCUGCGGCUGGUCUGCGCUGACACCAGCAUCAAUGAGCUGGUCACCUUUGUGGACAUCGGCUUCCUAGCGCUCACCUGCUUCGGGCUAAUUCUCACUUCCUACGGCUACAUCGUGGCCGCCAUCCUGCGCAUCCGUUCUGCCGAUGGGCGCCGCAACGCCUUCUCCACCUGUGCGGCCCAUCUAACUGUCGUCAUUGUUUACUAUGUGCCCUGCACCUUCAUCUACCUGCGCCCGGGGUCCCAGGAACCCCUGGAUGGGGUGGUGGCUGUCUUCUACACUGUCAUCACUCCCUUGCUCAACCCCAUCAUCUACACGCUCCGGAAUAAAGAAAUGAAGGCAGCACUAUUGAGACUGGGUGGGCGCAGGGACACACAAUCUCAGUGA